AUGAAAAAAGAAUUGCUGAUCAAGGGACAUGGGAUACGGGGGCCAGAAAGAAACGAAAGCGCGGCCGAAGGAGGUGCGGCGAUGAAAGCCCCGUCCUUCUUGACCCUUCUGUAUAAAAGACAAGAAGAAGGCGCCAGCCUGAUCUAUCCGGCGAUUUUUCACUUCAGUUGCCAGCCAUUGCAAGGCCAAGAAGCCGUUUUCGUGUGCACUUUGCUUGGGGAAUUUGUGGGAAUUUAA